UCAGGUGGUGUUUUGACAGAACGAAACAUUUUGACAUUACGCACAUCUGACACAUAAGUAUGGGUUCCAUUUUUGACAAUUAUAUAUUUCUCUUUUUCUUUGCAGUAUUGAAUUGUAUGUGCUCUUUGUGAUCGUAUUUUUUGUUGAGAAAGAAAAAGUGUUUUUCGGUAGAAAAAUUGGACAGCGACGAGUGCGAAUCGUUCAUACUCACAGCGAAAAGAGUCGAAUAAAAUGAGCGAACUUUUUAAAAAUCUCGAAUCAAAUAAUCCAACGCUGGUGGAAGAAUCCAAAAAUGAGCUCAUUAAAUCACUCGGACAAACAAAAGAGAAUUGGCUGGUGUAUGGGAUGAUGGAGCAUUUUGCCACGCAAAAUUCCAUUAAAAUUGUCGAAAUACUAGUCAAGGUACCGCAAUCACAUGACACCUACAUAUUCGAUAAGCUAUUCGAUUGGGUCAACACGAGUGAAAAGCGAAAUCAGGCAUUCAAAUUGUUUGCAUUGAUUGUGCAAAAACAUCCGUCGUGGCUGUAUCGAGUGGUUAAUCAUCGAUUGUUUCGUGAAAUGUUGAACAUCGUCAAAACCGAACGGAAUAUCAACACAACGUUACAUGGCCUUUUCUGCAUCACCAUACUGUUGCCGAUAAUUCCAGCGCUGAUGAACGAUUAUCUGCAAGAUUUAUUCACAAUUCUUCUAUUUUUGGCCAAUUGGAAGGCGACCAAUAGUCCCGAACUGUGCGGCAAUCAACCCGUUUAUCUGCAGACUGGCAUUGAACGAUUGUUCCAACGCCUGUACGGCAUGUAUCCGUGCAAUUUUAUGGCAUAUCUGCGUGAACACAUAAAUGAAAAGACAAUGAAGGUGAUUGGGCCGUUAGUUGAAAAUACACGCGGCCAUCCGAUGCUGGUGUUUUCGAAUGCCGAAUUGGAGAAGAAUCAGGCACGUUGGAAGGAGAUGGAACCACACGAUAUCGUACAAGAAUGCGAGAAAUUCUCGUUGGAAGUUUCGGUGAGGAGUAAAGAGUGUGAACAAGAACACAAAGAAACACCGUGGUACAGCCAAAUACUAGCAAAUGACCGUUUUAAACACACAUUUGCGCCAAUUUCUGCGACUGAAACAAGUACAAAGUAUAAAGUUAAGAAUGCAAAUAAAUGGGAUAACAUUUGGUCACCGAGUAGUGCGGUGUUAGCCACACCACCGCCAACCAAUACAAUGGCCAUUACACAUACGCCGACGCCGAUUAUGUCGCAGAAUUACAACAUUCAGUCGAUACCUGGCAGUGGACAGUACACAAGUAGCGGUGCAUCGCCACCAGAAGCAGCCGUUGAAGCCACUCCGGAGACGACUCCACUGAGAGAUUUCAAGCCACAUCGACCAUAUCCGGUCAAUUCAAGUGCGGCCCGAACGAUAUGGGGCAAUUCGUCGCAGCCGUCAUCACCGUUGAAGAGAGACGAACAUUUCCGAUAUGAAAUUAUGCAUGUGACGAAUGCGACAAGUGAAAAAUUCCUCAAAAUGAUGAUUGACCGGAAUGAGGAGAAGCAUAAGUCAACCGUCAGCCGAUACAAUGAUAUUGAAAUCCAGAAUCCGUUGUGCGAAAAUGAUGAUACGCUAAAUAUUGAAUCGAGCAAAGAGGAUGAAGAGGUGACGGAAAUAAACAAACUUAAGACGAAUAAACUGACUGAAACCACACCAAACACCGAAAAAGAUAUUCGAAGUCGAGCCAAUUUAAUGAAAUACCAUCAAAUGAAAAGUAUGGAAGAUAGUUUCGGUCAAACCGACUAUUUGAUGUUCAAUCCGAACGAGUUUGAUGAGAAAACCAAGAAAAUGUCAAACAAUGAACGGGAGACAAAGACUUUGGGCGGGCAAAAGGGCAACAUUUGCACGGUGGAAACACAAACGGAUAUUACGAUGCCGUUAGCAUCGGGCGGUCUAUUGGAUCAAUAUGUGGAAACAACAAUCAAACGGCAUUUAACAACGGAUCCAAGCAGUCGCGCUGACAUGGAACUCCAAUUGUUGUACUUGCAAUUGCAAUACGAACGAUACCGCCGUGAAGUGUAUGCCGAGCGAAAUCGACGUUUAUUAGGCCGAAGCCGAGAUAAUGCAACACUCAAAACGGAUAUCGAAAAAUUGAAGUCGCAACUGGAGAGUCUGUCACGCGAGCACAGUUCGUUGAUCAAAAAUUUCAAUGAAGCAAAAGUGGCGCAGAACACCACGGAACACAAAUUAUCCACCGAAUGCAAUUUGAUGCGUGAAGAAAUCCAAAUGCAACGUGACACAAAUAAAAAAUUGCAAUUGAACAUCGAAACGUUGGACCGUCGUUUGGCCGAAGAGGUCGAAGAGAAAAAGCGAUAUGCGGGUAUGCUCGAAUCUGCUCAGGCUGAGAUAUUCGAUUUGAAGAAUUUGCUGCGACAAUGUCAAUACCAAGCCGAUGUUGGAGCCAAAUACAAAGAAGAACUGCAACGGCUACAAUCACGUGAAGUUUUGAUGGGCGAAAUCAAGUUGAAAUGCAGCGAGAAACUGAUUGAAUUGGAAAAUUUGCGUGCACGUGAAAGUGAAAUAAAUAACAUCAAAGACGCAUGCUUGGAAGAAGUCAAAGAAUUGAAAUCAGAACUAACGAGCAAAACAUCAUCGCUGGAUGCAGCUAAGGAGCGUAUACAGAAUAUGGAGGCGCAAUUACAGCGACAAAAUGGGGUCGUUUCGGAUCAAAAGCGAUUCGUGAAAAUGGUAAAAGAAGAAUAUGAAGAGAAGCUGAAGGCAGUGGAAGCUAAAUAUGCGGCACAAAAGGCCAUCAUCUUACGAAUGGAGGAAUGCAUUUUAGAUCCGAGUAAACAUCGGUCGAAUGUUAAUUCCGAACCGGAUAAAUCAGAUACAGUUGGCUCACUGGACCACGCAUCACCGCUAUCGAUGUCGUUGGCAUCGAGCGAGGGAAUGUCAUGGAGUUUGAAAUCUGUUACCGAAAUCAAGAACUUAUCACAUCUUUUGGACAACAGUACUUCAACAGUAUUUUCACCAUCCAGCCUUAAUGGGGACACGUCUUCCAGUAAUCGUUUAGCACAAGUGUCCGAUGAUAUUCCUGUACCUAGCACAAGUCACUCGCAAUUUUAUCCAUCAUAAAGUGUCGCACCACAAUUCGGGGCAAUAGUUGCGUUUGGAAGAGCGAAAGAGAAAUAAAAUUUACCUUUUUUACUAUUUGGAAUCGCUCAUACGGCUAAAUAUAGCCUAGCAAAAUUCCUUCCCACUAAACAAAAUCAUAGCUGCAUAAGAAUAUUCUGUUUUAAAAAAAAAUGAAGCUUCAAGCAUGCUUUGGAUUAUAAAACAAUGUUAAUACAUUCAACUUAAGAAGAUGUGCACACAUUUUUAAUACAAAUCAAUGAAAUCGGCUGCAUAAAUAAAAUGCCGUUUAUUUUGGAAGCAAAA